AUGAGAGCCAUCCAGGUCAAGGAGUAUGUUAAGGGUCCCCUCGACCUGAAGGUUUCCGACCUUCCCACCCCAUCGCCAUCGCCAAACCACUACUUGAUCAAGAUCCACUCGGCAGGCACCAACUUCUUUGAUCUACUCCAGAUCCAGGGGAAAUACCAGCACCAGCCUCCCCUCCCUUGGGUCGGCGGCGCCGAGUUUGCAGGCACAGUUCUGGCCGUGCCGACCGCCCGGCAAACAACGCAGUUCAAGGUCGGCGAUCGCGUCUUCGGCGCGACGCAGGGCGCCUACGCGACCCACGUUCUUGCGCCGGAGAGCUCUCUGCUCCCCGUGCCUGCUGGAUGGAGCUUUGAGGACGCGGCAGGGCUCUUCGUGACCGCGCCGACCUCGUACGGCGGCUUGGUGCACCGGGCGAACGUCCAGCCGGGCGACUGGGUGCUCGUGCAUGCGGCGGCGGGCGGUGUCGGGCUGGCGGCCGUGCAGAUCGCCAAGGCAAACGGCGCGACGGUGAUUGCAACGGCCGGCACGGAGCGCAAGAGACAGGUUGCGCGCGAGUUUGGCGCCGACUAUGUCAUCGACUACCGUGAUAAGCAGUGGCCUGAGGAGGUCAAGAAGCUGUGUGCGCAGCACCGCACGGGGAACGGCAAGGCGGGCGUGGAUAUUGUGUAUGACCCAGUGGGUAUGAUCGAGGCCAGUCUGAAGUGUGUUGCGUGGAAUGCGCGGUUGCUGGUGAUCGGGUUUGCGGCAGGCAAGAUCGAGAAGGUCGCGCUGAACCGGGUGCUGCUGAAGAACGUGAGUCUGGUCGGGUUACAUUGGGGCCAGUACGCCAAGUUCGAGAAGGAAUCGGUGGGCGUGGUAUGGAAGGGGAUCUUCGAUCUCGUGGCGCAGGGCAAGUUCAGGGGUACUGCUUUCCGCGAUGAGAGCUUCGUGGGGCUGGAAAGCGUACCCAGGGCCUUGCAGGCUCUCGGAAGCAGAGAGACCUGGGGCAAAGUGGUGGUGAAGAUUAUCGAUGACGAGGCGCAGAGCAAAUUGUAG